AAGGUAUAUAUUUAAAUAUAUAUGAUUGUGGUCCAGGUCCAGGUGUUUUAUACUAACCUAAUUAAUUGCCGGUUAUAAAUUCAUUAAAAGAUGACAGCUUUUGAAGAAAUGGGGGUGCUGCCGGAGCUGGCAAAGGCUACGGAAGACAUGGAAUGGACACUGCCAACGGAUGUGCAAUCAGAAGCGAUACCGCUGAUUCUUGGGGGUGGAGAUGUCCUGAUGGCAGCUGAAACUGGCAGUGGAAAGACUGGAGCUUUUUGUUUGCCGAUUCUUCAGAUUGUGUGGGAAACUUUGAAUGACAUUGCGUCGGGUAAAGGAGUUGGUAAAUCUGGGCAACGAGCAGCUUCUGCAACCUGGGGACUGAGUCUCUUUGAUCGUGGACGUGCUAUGGCUGUCACACCUGACGGGUUGAGAUGUCAGAGUCGUGAGCAAAGAGAGUGGCAUGGCUGCAGAGCAAAUAAAGGAGUUCAGGGUAAAGGGAAAUAUUAUUUUGAAGCGAUCGUUACUGAUGAAGGACUGUGUCGGGUUGGGUGGUCUACAUCUCAAGCAACUUUAGAUUUGGGAACAGACAAGUUUGGUUUUGGAUUUGGAGGAACUGGUAAAAAGUCAAAUGCAAAACAAUUUGACGACUAUGGAGAAGCAUUUGGAAUGCACGAUGUCAUUGGUUGUUAUUUAGACUUAGACAAAGGUGAAAUUAGAUACACUAAAAAUGGAGUAGAUUUGGGAAAAGCAUUUGAUUUAAAUGCCCAGCAAAAAAGCCAAACAUAUUUUCCGGCAGUCGUGCUUAAAAAUUCUGAAAUGUCAUUUAAUUUUGGCGCUCAACCAUUCAAAUAUCCCCCGGCAAAUAAUUAUAUCGCUGUAUCAACAGCUCCAAAAGAUUGUAUACGUGAAAAUCCAGUGAGUGAUAGUAAUCAAGCUGAAACUGCUGAUAGCAAACCUACUCCUAAUGCACCGCAAGCGAUAAUAAUUGAACCGUCUCGUGAACUUGCUGAACAAACUUUUAAUCAAAUUCAAAAGUUUAAAAAAUAUUUAAAAGAUCCAACGGUUCGAGAACUGCUGGUGGUUGGUGGAGUACCAGCAAAACAACAGAUCGCUGUAUUGAAUUCAGGUGUUGAUAUUGUUGUCGGUACACCAGGACGAUUGGAAGAUUUAAUUCAAGGCGGAUAUUUGUCAUUGACACACUGCAGAUUUUUCGUCCUAGACGAAGCUGAUGGAUUAUUGAAACAGGGAUACACGGAAUUGAUCGAUAGAUUGCACCGGCAGAUUCCAAAGAUGACUUCUGAUGGCAAAAGACUACAGAUGAUUGUUUGUUCUGCAACUUUACACUCGUUUGAAGUUAAAAAAAUGGCGGAACGUUUAAUGCAUUUCCCCACAUGGGUUGAUUUAAAAGGUGAGGAUGCUGUUCCUGAGACUGUUCAUCAUGUCGUAGUGAUGGUUGAUCCUCAAAAGGAUAAAUCUUGGCACAAUCUAAGAUUUCAUAUUCAAACUGAUGGUGUACACCAGCGAGAUAAUAUAAGACCAGGAAAUACUACAGCUGAAACUUUAUCCGAGGGAGUAAAAAUUCUUAAGGGCGAGUAUUGUGUCCGUGCAAUCAGAGAACAUAAAAUGGAUCGUGCUAUAAUUUUUUGUCGUACUAAAUUAGACUGCGAUAAUCUCGAGAAAUAUUUUAGACAAACAAGCAGUGAUGAAUUAUCAUGCGUGUGUCUUCAUGGCGACCGUAAACCUCAAGAGCGUAAAGCCAAUUUAGAAAAAUUUAAACGACAAGAAGUUAAAUUUUUAAUCUGCACUGAUGUUGCCGCUCGUGGUUUAGAUAUCACUGGAUUACCUUUCAUGAUCAACGUUACACUGCCAGAUGAAAAAUCAAAUUAUGUCCAUCGUAUUGGUAGAGUAGGACGUGCUGAAAGAAUGGGUUUGGCGAUAUCAUUAGUAAGUUCUGUCCCUGAAAAAGUUUGGUACCAUGGAGAAUGGUGUCCAAGUCGUGGACGUAAUUGUAAUAAUACUAAUUUAACAACUCAAGGUGGAUGUUGUACUUGGUACAAUGAACCUCAGUAUCUUGCUGAUAUUGAAGAUCAUUUGAAUGUAACAAUUGAACAAGUAGGACCUGAUAUCAAAGUCCCGCUGAAUGAAUUCGAUGGUAAAGUUAUAUACGGUGCGAAACGUACUCGAAUUGGUACAAAUUAUCAAAACCACGUUCAACAAAUGGCACCAAUAGUUGCUGAACUUGCGACGUAUGAAUCCAAAGCGCAGUUGUAUUAUUUGAAAAGACAUCUGGUCGCACAUUGAAUUAAUAAUUAACCCAUUGAAUAUACGAUCGAUUAAUUGAGUUAAUAAAUGAUACUAUUAUUAAUCUUGAUAUAUAUUAUAUUUAAUUUAAUUGUAAUUUUUUUGUAAGUGAAUUGCUUAAUAAAAACAGCUGGAACUUUAUAAA